AUGACCAUGCCCAACUAUGUUGUGCAGUGUUUCCUCCCACCGAAAGGACUUUGCUGUCAAUUAUGUAAAUCCAUGAGCAGAUUUUGGUGGGGUAGCAAGAAGGGAGAGAGGAAACUUCAGUGGGUCAAUUGGGGUAAGCUGUGUGACAACAAAUCCAUGGGUGGAAUGCGGUUCCGUGACCUGCACGGUCUCAAUCUAGCAUUUCUUGCCAAGCAAGGGUGGCGCUUGGUCGCAUGCCCACCAUCUCUCUUCCAAAAGGUUUUUCGGGGUAAGUACUUUCCCUGUUCUUCUUUUUGGGAGGCUCAAUGUCCAGGAAUAGCCUCGUGGGCUUGGCGUAGUAUUUUAGCAAGGCGUGAAGUACUUCGGCAUGGUUGGCGUUGGAGGGUUGGAGAUGGCAAAGCUAUAAAUCUGUGGUCGAACCCGUGGAUACCUCGAGCCCUCUCUUUCAAGGUCCUAAGUACACCUCCUAUGGGACGACAUUUAGCCCCUUUACCACAAAAUGUAUUUAAUCUUAUUGAUGAGGAACAACACGAAUAG